UAUCCCUCAUUGCUCUGCCGCUGGGAGGACGAUACGAGACGGGACGGGACGGUGCGGCACGAGCUGGGCUGCCGCCGUCUCCUGCUCCUCCUCGUCGCACGCACGCACGCACGCACGCACUCACCCUUCGCGAGGCGCGUCUGGCCGCCUCUCGCCUCCCCCGGCGCGGGUAGCGCGUGACCGAGUCGCGCGGCGGAGCCAUGCAAGCGCCUCAGCCGCAGUACGACUUCUUCGGCGAGGAGAACUCCCCGAAAUGGCGCGGUCUGCUGCUGCCCUCCCUCGGCAAGGUGCUGAGCCAGGUGCACCCCAAGCUGUCGUCCAAAGAGGACGCGUUGCAGUACGUCGAGGAGCUCAUCUUGCUGCUGCUCAGCAUGCUGUGUCAGGCUCAGCCCCGGACUGUGCAGGAUGUGGAGGAACGGGUACAGAAGAGUUUCCCUCACCCUAUCGACAAGUGGGCAAUAGCGGACGCCCAAGCAGCGAUAGAGAGGAGGAAGAGGAGGAACCCUUUGGCGCUGCCUGUGGACAAGAUUCAUCCUCUGCUCAAGGAGGUGCUGGGAUACAAGAUCGAUCACCAGGUGUCCGUUUACAUAGUGGCUGUGUUGGAAUACAUCUCUGCGGACAUCCUGAAGCUGGCUGGCAACUAUGUGCGGAACAUCCGGCACUACGAGAUCUCACAGCAGGACAUCAAGGUGGCCAUGUGUGCUGACAAGGUGCUCAUGGAUAUGUUUCACCAGGACGAGGAGGACAUCAGUGACUGCAUUGGUGAGGAGCCUUUGGUGUCCGGUGAGGAGAACUACUAUGACCUGGUCAAGACCUUCAUGGCCGACAUGCGGCAGUAUCUACGUGACCUGAACCUCAUCAUCAAGGUGUUUCGGGAGCCUUUCGCUGCUAAUGAAAAGCUCUUCUCCCACAGUGAUGUGGACAGCAUCUUCAGCCGCAUUGUGGACAUCCAGGAGCUUACACUGAAGCUUCUAGGACUCAUUGAGGACACCGUGGAGAUGACGGAUGAGUGUAGCCCCCACCCCCUGGUGGGCAGCUGCUUUGAGGACCUGGCAGAGGAGCUCGCUUUUGACCCAUACGAGUCUUACGCUCAAGACAUCCUCCGGACUGGGUUCCACGACCACUUCCUGAGCCAGGUCACCAAGCCUGGAGCAGCACUCUACCUACAGUCAAUAGCGGAGGGCUUCAAGGAAGCUGUCCAGUACAUUCUCCCCAGGCUCCUGCUGAACCCCAUCUAUCACUGUCUGCACUAUUUUGAGAUCCUGAAGCAACUAGAGGAGAUGAGCGAAGAUGAGGAGGACAAGGAGUGCCUGAAGCAGGCCAUCACUGCCCUGCUCAACCUGCAGAGCAGCAUGGAGAGGAUCUGCUCCAAGAAUCUGGCCAAGCGGAGGCCAAGCGAGUCGGCCUGCCGCUUCUACAGCCAGCAGAUGAAGGGCAAGCACCUGGCCAUCAAGAAGAUGAACGAGAUCCAGAGGAACAUCGAUGGCUGGGAGGGAAAGGACAUUGGCCAAUGCUGCAACGAGUUCAUCAUGGAGGGCACGCUGAUGCGUGUGGGCGCCAAGCACGAACGCUACAUCUUCCUGUUUGACGGCCUCAUGGUGUGCUGCAAAUCGAACCACGGGCCGACGCGCCUGCCAGGGGCCGGCACUGCCGAGUACCGCCUCAAGGAGAAGUUCCUGAUGCGCAAGGUCCAGGUCAGUGACCGCGACGACACAGCCGACUGCCGGCACGCCUUUGAGGUGACGCCGCGCGACGGUGCCGGCGUGGUGUUCGCUGCCAAGUCGGCGGAGGAAAAGAACAGCUGGAUGGCAGCGCUGAUCUCACUGCAGUACCGUUCCACGCUGGAGCGCAUGCUGGACCUGGCCGCACUGCAGGAAGAGAAGGAGGAGCAAAUGCGCCUGCCUGGGCCUGAGGCCUACCGCUUCGCCGAGCCUGACUCGGAGGAGAACGUGGUUUUUGAGGAGAACGUGCAGUCCAAGUCGGGCAUCCCUGUCAUCAAGGCUGGCACUGUUCUGAAACUCAUCGAGCGUCUCACGUACCACAUGUAUGCAGAUCCCAAUUUUGUGAGGACGUUUCUGACAACGUACCGGUCAUUCUGUAAGCCGCAAGAGCUCCUGAGCUUGCUUAUGGAACGGUUUGAGAUCCCAGAGCCAAAGCCUACAGAAGCUGACCAGAUAGCGAUGGAGAAUGGAGACCAGCCACUCAGCGCUGAACUAAAGCGCUUUCGGAAGGAGUACGUCCAGCCUGUCCAGCUAAGGGUUCUCAAUGUUUGCCGACACUGGGUGGAACACCAUUUCUAUGACUUUGAACGUGAUGCAGAGCUGCUCAGGCAAUUGGAGGACUUCAUCAGUAUGGUCAGAGGCAAGGCCAUGAGGAAGUGGGUGGAGUCCAUAACAAAGAUCAUCCAGAGGAAGAAGCAGGCACAGGCCAAUGGGCCUAGCCACAACAUCACCUUCGAGAGCCUGCCGCCAGCCAUCGAAUGGCACAUCUGCAAGCCAGGCCAGACCGAGCACUUUGACCUGUUGACCCUUCAUCCCAUUGAAAUUGCUCGUCAGCUGACCCUGCUGGAGUCAGAUUUCUACAGGGCUGUCCAGCCAUCAGAGCUGGUUGGUAGUGUUUGGACAAAGGAAGACAAGGAGAUAAAUUCUCCCAAUCUCCUGCGAAUGAUCCGUCACACCACCAAUCUCACGCUCUGGUUUGAAAAGUGCAUCGUGGAGACUGAGAACCUGGAGGAGAGAGCAGCAGUUGUGGCUCGUAUCAUCGAGAUCCUACAGGUGUUUCAGGAACUCAACAAUUUCAAUGGCGUGCUGGAAGUGGUCAGUGCCAUGAACUCCUCACCUGUCUACAGGCUUGACCACACCUUUGAGCAAAUUCCAAGCAGGCUGCGGAAAAUUCUGGAAGAGGCACAUGAGCUAAGUGAGGACCACUAUAAGAAAUACCUGGCAAAACUCAGGUCUAUCAACCCACCCUGUGUACCUUUCUUUGGAAUCUAUUUAACAAACAUCCUGAAAACAGAGGAGGGGAACCCGGACUUUCUGAAGCGGCACGGGAAGGACCUGAUCAACUUCAGCAAACGUCGGAAAGUGGCAGAGAUCACCGGAGAGAUCCAGCAGUAUCAGAACCAGCCUUACUGCCUGCGGGUUGAAAACGAUAUCAGAAAGUUCUUCGAGAACCUGAGUCCCAUGGAGGACAUGAUGGAGAAAGAGUUUACAGAUUACUUGUUCAACAAAUCCCUGGAGAUUGAACCCCGCAGUGUGAGGACUUUGCCGCGAUUUUCCAAGAGAUACAACUAUACCCUGAAAUCACCAGGGGUUCGUCCGUCCAACGUACGACCCGGCUCCAUGCGCCACCCAACGCCACUGCAUAGUGAACCACGCAAGAUCAGCUACAGUCGCAUCCCUGACAGCGAGAUGGAGAGCGCCACGUCUGCACCCAACUCACCCCUCACACCGCUUACACCACCCCCACCUCCCUCAGGGGCCUCCAGCACCACCGACAUGGGCAGCGUCUUUGACUCUCCCCAAGGCCCCUCCAGUCCCUUCCACUCCAACAGUGAACCCAUCUUUGUUCCAAUCUCGCUGCUUCAUGGCCCACGAUCCUCUUCUGUCUCCUCCAUGGCAAGCUUUACCAGGAGUGCCGAAGAUGCUCCCGUUCCCCCACCUGUGCCACCCCGAAGACGACCCGAAUCUGCACCUGCAGAAUCCUCGCCUUCUAAGAUGAUGUCGAAGCAGUUAGAUAGCCCACCUGCCAUUCCACCCCGGCAGCCCACCGCCAAGUUGUACUCCCCACGUUACUCCUUGUCGGAGCGCAACUCGACCUCUGAGCCUCCAGACAGCCCCCCCACUUUGCCUCCACGGGAGCCUGUGAGAACGCCGGACGUCUCCUCCAGCCCCACUUUGCACUUGCAGCCAGCUCCUCAGGGCCGUCGGACUGAUCUGCAGACCUUCUUCCCUCCUUUUAGCUCCCUUCUGCCUCAGACUCCCUCACCACUAGGGCAUCGUAAGCACCUGCCCUCUUCACCCUUCAUGCCCGAUGAUGGCGAGCAUUUGCCUGGACCCAUGGGGCCACCUGUCCCACCCCGCCAGAGCACCUCCCAGACCAUUCCCAAAUUGCCACCGAAGACGUACAAAAGGGAGCCAAUGCCCAUUCACCGGGAGGGUCCACCCCUCUUGGAGAAUGCCAAUUCCUCAUAGACUCUGCAGAAGAGCCUUAGUGCAGCGAAGGUAGGGUGGAGGCUGUGCACUGGGGGGUGACGAAGGGAGGCAAAAAUGUCACCCAUUAACACUAGAGACUGCCAAAAUAGCUGAUUGGGCUUUUGUGUGAAACUGACAUUGAAGCUGAAUUCACCUUUUUCCCCCAUCCUAAAAAACAAUGAAAAGCAAGGAUAUUGCCUUUUUUUUUUUUCCUUGGUCAUCUUUGUCAUUGUCAAUUGUUAGGAUUGACUUUGUCUUUUCUUUUAUUAACUCGUUUGAGCGGGCAUGUUGGCAAGCAUGGGGAGACCAACUCUGCUGCACUCAGAAGAACUUAACAUGUUGCUAACUGACACAACAGAAUUACAGUUGGUAUAAAACUAUUUUUCUUAAAAUAAAUAUAAAAAAUGUUUUAAAAAAAUAGUUAAAAUAACAUUGGGGGGGGAAAAGAGGCACUAAGAUAUUGUUUUAAAGAAGCUCUGUGUAACAUUUUGAUUUGGAAAAGAAAACUGGGAACUGGAACGGAAAGUGAAUUGAAAUAUCCUUCCACAUCUCUGUCAUUACAACAAACAUCACACAAGCUCACCAAAAAGGCACUUAUGAACCACGUGCAUCAUCAUCUUCAGAUCAGAUUGUUGGCUGAAAAGGAGUGGCUUGUUCUAGUAAGUUCAGUAUACCAACUGUAAGGUACCCCCACACCAAAGAGGUACUUUAAAGUAUUCAUAAAUGCAGAACUUGACCUUUUUUUAGUUUAAAAAAAAAAAAAAAAAAAAGCCAGAGAAUCCAUUGCCUUAAGGGAGUAAAGUGGUAUUUUUAAUAUAGUUUUUCAGAGAUCAAGUGUGAGGAAUUGCAUGGUGUACACCCAGCCUUGAAAAAACUAUACAAAAAAGUAAUCUUUAAUAUUCCUUUAAUAUGGGCAGUCGGUCUCUAGGAUACCAAACCUGAUGGUCCCUCUGACAAAAUGGGACCCAAGUGUCUUUUGAGCCAUCCUUCUUAUUUCAGCCACAAUAUCUGCUCGUGGGUCAGCACUUAUGAAGAAAGAAGGAGAUGGGUGGGCAAGACAAUCCCAGCACUUCCAAGCACCUCAAGCCUUUCCAAUGAGCUGCGAUUUUUUUUUUUUUUUUUUUUUUUUUUUGGUCAUUUGCCUAUUCUUUGCCUUAUAAAAAAGAGCUUCUGUGAUCAUUAUCAGAUGUGGACCUAGUUUAUGUAGCAUCUCGAGACAACCUUGUCAUGCUUCUUCCUUCACUCUGCUGUACAGGUGUCAAGAGCUGGUUGAAGAACAGUACCCCGUUUGUCUGGUGUAACGAUAGGUUAUGUAAUUUCAGUGGUCGCAGAGCUCAGAGCAAACAGGUGUAAGGUGUUACCUGGUUUAUCUGUCUCCAGAUUAGUUGCUAAGAAUUACAGCAGUUGCCAGUCUACGCAACGUAUUAUUACUUCUAUGAUACUGAAACAUGAUACUGAUGAAUGUUCA